AUGAUGGUUUCAGUUCUAAUGGGACUGUCCAAACCGUGUCUACACGCUUCUUCGUCUUCCACGAACAACACCAAGCAGGGCAGCCAAAGGUCGGACUUGACGAUCGGAGAAGGGGAAGGCCAACCGUCUAGAAAGCCAACCACAUUUUCAGGAAACGUCGAGAAGAUGCCUGAACUUAUUGUGCCUUUGGAGAAGCAUUUUCCUGGCCGUGUCACUUACAGGGGUAGUGCCUACUUGGAUACCCUUGUAGAGCAAUUUAAGAGGCACGGUCUAAUUGAAAGGGCACAGGCAUUCCCAUUGGGGCAAUUCUUUAAGUCAAAAGAAUUUAGUUUUUCUGGGGUUCUGCUCCAUCAGCUAAUGUUGCGCAAGGUACAAAGUAAGAAGCCUGAAGAGGACAUUAUCGAAGAGAAUGAUUUGGAUUGGUUUGGCUUACGCUUUUGUGAAGAAUAUGAGGAAGAAGAAGGUGGGGGAGAUGACAUGGGGAAUACGGUUGAUGAAGGUGAUGGAGAUGCCAUGGAGAAUAUAGUUGAUGAAGGUGGGACAUCAAGUUUGGAAAAGACAAAAAUGGCAACUGACGAAAUGAAUGAUACCAACCAAUUUUCUAAGUAUGAUUUAAACGAAAACCCAUUGUUGUUGAGUAAAGAUGGCAUGGUUGGGCAUGUUUUUCAAUCACUGGACAUGGCUGAAGAAUUCAUUCAUGAAUAUGCAAGAUUCAUUGGGUUCAGCCUACGUAAAAGUAUCAUGCGAAAAAAUACUACAGGUGAUGUACGUCAACGUCAGUGGGUAUGCUCCCGCGAGGGCUGGCGAUCUGAAAUGCAUGUGGGAAGGCUUGAUAGAACUAGGGAGCCUAAGCCAAUUAGUCGAGUGGGAUGCAAGGUUUGCUUUCGGGUGAACUUGGUGAAGGGUAGUACGCAUUGGAUAUGCAAAGAAUUCAUCCCAAUUCAUUCUCACAACAUUGUAGCAGACAACCAUAAACAAUUCCUUCGGUCCAAUCGGAUAAUGACACAAGGAACCUUGACGACUGCACAAAUAAUGAAGGAGUCAGGCAUAAGAACUUGCCACAUCAUGUCAUACAUGGCAAAGCAAAUGGGUGGUUAUGAGAAGAUUCCAUUCACACCAAAGGAUCUUUACAAUCGAAUAUCCCAUGCUUCAAAAGUUGAGUUUAUCGGUUCCAAUGCAGGGCGGGCAAUCGGAUAUUUAGAGCAUAAAGCUGAUGAAGACCCUAGUUUUUUUGGACAGUUUUCGUACAAUGAGGAUAAUCGUCUUCUUAAUCUAUUUUGGGCAGAUGGGAGAUGUAGAUCAGACUAUGAGACAUAUGGCCAUGCAGUAGCUUUUGAUUCGACGUACAAGACUAAUAGUUAUGGGAAGCCGCUGCUGAUAUGGAUAGGAAUUAAUAACCACUAUACCACAUGCAUUUUGGGCUUUGCCAUUCUUGACAAUGAGUCUGCCAGCAGCUACAAGUGGGCGACAAGGGCUUUCCUGGAAUGCAUGGGAGGUGUUCUACCGAAAACAGUAGUGACAGAUGGAGACGAAGCUAUUGCUAACACGCUACAGGAGUUGAUGCCUGAUGUACCCCACCGAUUGUGUUAUUGGCAUUUACACAACAAAGCUAUUUUAAAAGUGAAAGAUCCAUCUUUUGCGAGUAGGUUUACCAAAUUGGUAUUUCGGUACUACACAAAGGACGAGUUUGAAGAUAAAUGGUGCGACUUAGUGAAAGAUUUUGGGAUACAAGGCACUGAAUAUGCUGCAAAGCUUUAUGCAGACAAGGAGAAGUGGGCUGAAACAUUUCUGAGAAGGAAUUUCUUCUGUGGAAUGACAACUACUCAACGAAGUGAAGGUAUUAAUGCGGUGUUGAAGAAAAAAGUGAAUCAAAAGUUGAAGUUGUACGAGUUCGUCAGGGGGGUCAACAUGACCUUAUCUUUAAUUAGACAACGUGAAGCAAAGGAUGAGUACAUUACACUUCACACUAGUCCCCAGCUCGGGAAGACAAAUUUGCCACAGAUAGAGGAUGAAUUAGCAAAUCUUUACACACGGAACAUGUUUUACAAGGUACGACACCAGAUGUUGAAAGAAGGUAGGUACAUGGUGAAAACCCUAUUGGAGGAAGAGGAUGCAAUCAUUUUGAAGCUUCACAAGUAUGAUGCUGAACAAGUGAAGAGGCAUGUAUAUGUAACACCGGAGCGUGAUCUCUUUGUUUGUGAAUGCCAAUAUUUUUUCUCAUAUGGGAUACCAUGCCGGCAUAUAUUUGCUUCAAUAAAACGACUACACAUUACUUCAAUGCCUCGAGCACUAAUACUAUCUCGGUGGAUGGUUGAGACUAAACAGACUCACAAUUUUCCAAUUGGCAAUAUGGACGCUACCUUAGACAAACAAGAGGUGGAGAGUGCAAGAUUUGGUGCAAUUAGUAGCCAGUUGGGUGAACUUGCGUAUCUUGGAUCGAGGAAUCAGUCGACAUACCAUAUUGCAAAAAGUGAGAUUGACAGAUUAUGCGGUAAGCUUAAAGCAGUUGUGGACAUGGGAGACAAGGAGAUUAGCCAUAACCUGCCUCUACACAGGGAGUUUCAAUUCCCAGUGUUGGAUCCAUACUUCACAAAAAGUAAGGGUACAACAAAGGUACCUGGCUCGAAAAAAGAUGAAUAUGAAGAUGCAGAAGAAGAUGACCAAUGCUAUGGAAUGGGAUUGAAUGAUGAAUGGGCUGGGCAAAACUCAAUGGACUACACACAACAUGAGAAUGAGACAGAAAAUGAUGUUGUUGACGAUUUAGGCAGUGAACUACAGAAUGAUAAAGUGAAUAAAGUGGGAACACAAGUUGAGGAGGGAAGCAAUUGGUGGAAAAGUCCUUUCUGA